AUGAAGAUGUAUUUGAUGUCCAAGGGAUUGUGGGGCGUGAUCGCGGGCGACGAGACAACAAGUGUGGCCAAGGAACAGCAAGCCCACGCCGCGAUCGUGCUGAACCUCAGCGACUCGCAGUUGAUGCAUGUCAUUGACUCGGCUACUGCGAGAGAGGCAUGGGGAAGGUUGGCGCAAUUUCAUCGCUCUCAAGACAUGGCGAACCGGCUAUGGCUCAAGGAGAAGUUUGCUUCGUUUUCGUACACGGCAUCAAGUAUGAGCAGUCACGUCACGGAGAUGGAAGACCUCGUGAUGCAGUUGAAGCGCGCGAACUGCGGUCCGAGUGAAGAGGACGUGUGCGCAGUACUGUUGCGGAGUCUACCUUCAAGCUUCGAGAGCUUGGUGCAGGCAUUCCGCAUGUCCGUCGCAAGCUUCAGUUUCAGUGACCUCGUGAGCAAGUUGAUCGCCGAAGAAGUGCGCCAGAAUGAUGCUGCACGGGUAGAAGAUGCGACGGCGCUCUACGCAGGCAAGAGGAAGGGUAAGCAGUCGGACACUACGCAAGGGACUGUCGCUCAAGUCGAGGUCCAAGAGAGCAAGUCGAACGUCGCAUUCAACGCCUGUGAAGGGUUUGAAAGCGACAGCUGGGUCAUGGACAGUGGUGCGUCGGCACACAUGUGCAAGGAUCGUGAAGCGUUUGAAGAGUACAAGGAAGUGCAUCAUGUGCGCGGUAUUUCAAGCGCGAAGAGUGAUGUAAAGUUGAAAGUCAUCGGCCACGGGACGGUGAAGCUGCGCGUCUGGACUGGGCAUGCGUGGAUUGAUGCUCGCCUCGAGAACACGCUCCACGUACAAGAUUUAACGAAGAAUCUGUUUUCACUCACGGCUACGGCAGCUCGUGGUAUGACAGUCGAGAUCACACGCAAUGAGUGCGUGGUGAAGCGUGAUGGGACACCAGUCGCUACUAAGAGGAAGCAGGGCUUCCUAAUGUAA